UGCAGCCGCAGGUGCCUGAACCCAGCGCGCAAUCCUGCCAGGGCCAUUCCCUCAGCCGCGUCCUGAUCGGCAGGUGUCUUCUGUUUCCAUCGUUGUUCCUGGCCUGCUGAGUGCUAUCAGCCCCUGCUCCUCGAAUGGAAGCAUCAUCGUGAGAUAUCCAGCCAAUCUCUUGGGGAUCUACAUUGAACAAAGAUGAGUGCUUCUUCCAGGAUUCUGUAACUAGAUUGUCCAGGUCAGUUCAGACUUGACCAUGGGAGCCAACACUUCAAGCAAAGCACCAGUGUUUGAUGAAAAUGAAGACGUCAACUUUGACCACUUUGAAAUUUUGCGAGCCAUUGGGAAGGGAAGUUUUGGGAAGGUCUGCAUUGUGCGGAAGAAUGACACCAAGAAGAUGUACGCCAUGAAGUACAUGAACAAACAGAAGUGUGUGGAGCGGAAUGAAGUGAGGAAUGUCUUCAAGGAACUCCAGAUCAUGCAGGGCCUGGAGCACCCUUUCCUGGUGAAUCUGUGGUAUUCCUUCCAAGAUGAGGAAGACAUGUUCAUGGUGGUGGACCUGCUACUUGGUGGCGACCUGCGUUAUCACCUGCAGCAGAAUGUCCACUUCCAAGAAGACACAGUGAAACUCUUCAUCUGUGAGCUGGCCAUGGCCCUGGACUACCUACAGAGCCAGCGCAUCAUUCACAGGGAUAUGAAACCUGACAAUAUUUUACUUGAUGAACAUGGGCAUGUGCACAUCACAGACUUCAACAUUGCUGCCAUGCUGCCCAAGGAGACCCGGAUCACCACCGUAGCUGGCACCAAGCCUUACAUGGCACCGGAGAUGUUCACCUCCAGGAAGGAAACAGGCUACUCCUUUGCUGUCGACUGGUGGUCCCUCGGGGUGACGGCUUACGAACUGCUGAGAGGCCGGAGACCAUAUCACAUCCUCUCCAGUACUUCCAGCAAGGAAAUUGUGAACAUGUUUGAGACAGCAAUUGUAACUUACCCUUCUGCCUGGUCACAGGAGAUGGUAUCCCUUCUUAAAAANAAAGGCAGGCUCAAUUGUGACCCCAAUUUUGACCUGGAAGAAAUGAUUUUGGAGUCCAAACCUCUUCACAAGAAAAAGAAACGACUGGCUAAAAGGGAGAAGGAAAUGAAGAAAAGUGACUCUUUUCAGAAAGGCAGGCUCAAUUGUGACCCCACUUUUGAACUGGAAGAAAUGAUUUUGGAGUCCAAACCUCUUCACAAGAAAAAGAAACGACUGGCUAAAAGGGAGAAGGAAAUGAAGAAAAGUGACUCUUCUCAGAUGUGCCUUCUUCAAGAGCAUCUUGAUGCUGUUCAGAAAGAAUUUAUAAUUUUCAACAGAGAAAAAGUAAAAAGUGACUUUAAUCAGAGACAAGCAAAUCUAACCUUGGAACAAACCAAAAACAACACAGAAGAGGAGGAGGACGGCCAGAAUAACAACCUAUGAAGAGCUUCCGAGUCCUCGGGGGACAGUGCUUCAGGAGACAGUGCUUGGCAACAGUCUGGAAACUCCUGAUUAUCACACAGAAGAGCUGACAGCAGUCCCUGCCACUCCCACCGCUCAUGAAAUGGGGAAUGUGAAUGAAUAGUCUUCAAAGUUGGUGGCAGCACUCUGCAUUGACAGGAGCGAAGAGAAACCCUGGUUCUGAGCUCUUCAUUUCCAGCUUCAACACACAUUGACUCUGUGAACUUAAGCGAAUCUUUUAACUGCUUCCUCUGUUUUAGUUCAUUGCUUGGAAGGUAGAGGGAUAUUUCAGAAGAGCUAGUCUUUGCUCUGGCUACGAUUGCUCUAAACAGCCUUUAUUCUUAUUUUUAAAUGAAUAUUGAAUGUAGAUUUAUUUUUUAUUCUUUCUGAUGACACUGUGAAACAUGGACACUGUACACAGUGGGCCUCUUCAGGGCUAGAGAAUAUCUCAUAGGGGCCAGAAUUCCAAAGCUUGAUUAGGUAGGAAUAAAGAUUUUCCAUCGGGAAUAAAUACAUAGGUCAGAUUAGAAGUAGCAAAGACUCAUGAGAUCUUGAAGUGGGGAACUGGAUUGGCAUGGAAUCUGUUUGCAAGUGCCUACUAUGUGCAUGGCCUCUCACGCUAUCUUGUGUGAGGUGUCCUUGAUCAGUUAAACUUGAUUUUGAUGAGAGGAGUCAUAUGCAGAAGUUUAGCAAAUGCUGGGAGUUUGGACACAGUUUCUUUUUCCAACACGGCAGUUGUAAAAUAUCAGACUCUGGUAUAUUUGACCCUUGAGGGCUGAUUUUCCUCAAGGUUAGCAGAGACCUGCUUCUCCAGAGGAUCAGAGAGUACUCCUGAACUACAGGCAGAGUUACUUAGAACUAUUCAGUGA